GAGAUGGGAUUGUGUCCCGUCAUUUUGCACCUUGAAUGCGAACGGCACAUUUUGAUGUGUCGUUGGUUGACUGAAAAACUUGAGCUUUUCCAAUAUGAUUUCAAACCAUUUUGUUUAAUAUUUUUUUUUAUCAUAUUUUUGUGUACAGAGUGAAAAUAUAUCUUGUAACGUUUUUGGUUGUUUUCAUUAUUUAAGUGACGAUUUAAUGUAUUCAACUGUGUUUUUAUAUGAGAUUAAAACUUGUGUUUUUCUAUUUUGUUAAAUUUGUUUUUCUAGAUCUUUAAAAUAGAUUCUUCUACAUCAUCAGGCAUGAGUACAAAAGGUCCAUCUGUGAGUUCAUUAUCCCGUUUUCUUUUGAGUGCGGUUUUUCUAACGAUAAUAAUAGGAUUAGUGUUAAUGGCGCUUGCUUGUUAAUGGUGCUAAACGAUUCUACACUUACACUCAGGCUUACUUGAUGGAUAUUGUCCUGGUGGCUCUCUCACCAGUGUCAUUGUUGUGACAAUUGUUGAGACCACCAAAGGCUGACUGACACUAGACUGAAUAAACGUUGGUAAAAGUUUUCAAGCUUUUGUCUUUUAUUUGAAAAGCUGUUGCUGAAAAUAAAGUUUGUGUGGCUGAAGUAGAGGGGGCAUGUGUUUAAUAAUGCAUAGCUGCUUGGGUUGUGUACUCACCACUAAGUGAAUAAUGGAUGAUUCCCAUCACUGAUAACCUCACCGGACAGCCACACACUUAUCUUUCUCUCACCCCAAGUGAGUGACCCUGGGCGUUUGUGUGUUUGUGUGUGUCUUUGUGAGGUAUAGAAUAACUUCUUCUGAUAGCCUGUUCGACAAACUCCAUCCCUUUCCUCGUCUCUUGCUUUCCUCCCCUUUCCCUCUUCCCUUUGUUCAAAGGUCCAUUUGUUUAUACAAUAGCUUAAUUUUUCGUUGUUGUAUAAAGGGAGAUAUAUUUUGUCUCCCACACAUUUGUCAUGGAAAUUUACAACAGAACGUAACUAAAACAACCUACAACAAAACUUAACAUACCUUUUUAUUUUACCUUUAUUAUUACUGUAAUUUGCAUGUCAUCUCUACGGUUUGCACAUGAUUUUUAAAGAAUACAACCUUUGUUGUCACUCAAAAUGUAUACUGAUGGGUAUCCAACGGCCAUGACCAGAUGGCUUAUAUCUGAGAUCAUGACGAUACGUCUGUAAGUUGAUAUUUGAUUAAGUGAUUUAAUAUCGUAAUAGUACGUGGUCCACAAUCAUUCCCUAUCUAAUGCAAUAAAUAAAAAUGUAUGCCUACUCAGCAUUCAUAUCUCUAGUCAUUGAUUUUCACACACCCACUGAACACCCGUCAAUGGUGUGGUUAUUGAUAUGCAUAGAACUUCAGAUCAGUGGUUAAGGUGGCCUAUCCCUUGACAGGACUGUUAUUACUCAUCAGCCACAGUUCCGCAGAUCGCAUUUCAAGUGUUAGGAUUCUCCCGAGUCACCCUCAAGGCGUUUAUGUCACCGAAGCGCGUGGGCCCACGUCUGUCUGCUGCCAGUACAGACACUGCCCCCCCUGCAGCGCAACAAGAAGUGCCGACACAGUAGUUCUGGAGUGCUGGAGUGUGAGAGGGAGAGGAUUCUGAAGAGGAGAAGCUGACUGCCAAAAGAUGUCCCACCAAACUGGAAUUAACGCAACAUCUGAGCUCAAAGAGUUUCUGGCCAGGGCAAGGGGAGGCCCCAUCAGAAUAAUGAAGAUCAUCAUCAGAAAUGAGGAAUUGGUGCUUGGUUCCUACAGAGAGCCGACACAGAGCUGGGACAAGGACUACGACAGCAUGCUGCUCCCCCUGCUAGGGGCUGGGGACCCUUGCUUCAUCCUCUACCGCCUCGAUACCCAGAAUGCACAUGGAUAUGAAUGGGUUUUCAUGGCUUGGUCACCGGACUCAUCACCAGUGAGGCAGAAGAUGGUUUACGCAGCUACCAGAGCCACACUGAAGAAAGAGUUUGGAGGAGGUCACAUCAAAGAUGAAAUGUUUGGUACAAUCGAGGACGACCUGUGCUUCCAGGGGUACCUGCGGCACAUGGCCUCCUGUUCUUCACCUGCACCCCUCACACUAGCCGAGCAGGAGUUGCAGAGACUUAAAGCCACAGAGGACAAAGUUGUCUGGGAUGAACGCCGGCGAAUCACUCCGACUGGUCGGGCUAAGGUGACCAUGGAAUUUGGCCUAGACAAAAGGCCACAGACUCUUCAAGGUCUGGCGUUCCCCCUACAAGAAGAGGCCAAAGGUGCUCUGAGGCAGCUCAAGCAGAAGCGCAUCAACUACAUCCAACUGAGGUUGGAUGUAGAGAGGGAGACGAUUGAGCUGGUACACACCAACCCCACAGAGACCAGAGAGCUUCCCUACAGGAUUCCCACUGACUCCCCCAGAUACCAUUUCUUCGUCUUCAAACACUCCCACCAAGACCAGCUCCAGGAGGCCUUGGUGUUUAUCUACUCAAUGCCUGGGUACAGCUGCAGUAUCAAGGAACGGAUGUUGUAUUCCAGCUGUAAGAACAGACUACUCGAUGAGGUGGAGCGAGACUACCAGCUGGAGGUCACCAAAAAGAUGGAGAUCGACAGUGGGGACGGACUGACAGAAGACUUCCUGUAUGAGGAGGUGCACCCCAUGGAGCACACCCUGAAGCAGGCCUUCUCCAAACCCCGAGGACCGGGGGGGAAGCGGGGCAACAAGAGGCUCAUCAAGGGGGCAGAAGAGAACGGGGAGGACAGCUAGACAUGCACACAAGGAUACACACGAGCCGGCGGACCAGCGUAUCAAGAACUGCUUUUUCUUCCUUCCUCCUUCUUACUGUCUACUUUAUGUCAUCUCAUAGACCAGAAGAGAAUAGUUUUAAGCUCUCUGUAUACGCAUUCUAUCUCUGUAACGUGGAUAUGGAGACGUUAUAGUAAUGAACAACACUAAUUUGCGAUGCCAUCUAUAGUUGCACUCAGGAUCCUCCGAGAAUGAUAGGUUUACAUCGGAGAUGCUUUGGAACCGUUCAUUGUCAUAUUGCAAGUAUAACUCACGAUAUUUAUAUAAAGUUAAGGAUUGAGGCCAACUAGUGCUAACAAUUGACAACUUGGAAGAGACCGACAAAUAGUCCUAACUCAAAAUUUUCUGAAGACUUGAUUCUAUUAAUAGUCUUGUUAUAUUUUUACCAUUCAUGGAAAGAAAUAAUUAUAUUGCAUGUGUUCUUAGAAAUAGUAACAAGGAAGUUUCUAUUAACUGUAAACAUUACAGUUUACUAUUUUUUCAAGCCAAGGAUACUCUAUAUGAAGUCAGGCAGGUUAAUAAUGGAACUUCACAAGAUACUCAAGAAAUGCCUGUUUGUAUUUUGCUAUGUAGACAGUGACUGUGAUAUCUUAUAUUUCAUACUUAGAAGCCAACUCUAACCUGGUGGUCUCUGUAUCACAUGUGAAUUGUUUUGGAUCUCUCACCCAAACCAGGCCUGAAUAAACUCAGCUGAGUGCUGCUGUUUUACACAA